UGAUGAUCAUGUCCACUGCCUUGGCAACUCGUAAGCGGGCAAAGCCGGCCCCCGGACCCGGGGCCGCUGCGGGGGCCGGCAAGCGGCGGCGAAAGGUCGACUCUGCUGGGGACAGAGGCAAAUCCAAGGGUGGCGGCAAGAUGAAUGAAGAAAUUUCCAGUGAUUCUGAGACUGAGAGUUUGGCUCCAAGGAAAACAGAGGAAGAGGAGGAGCUAGAGGAGACUGCGCAGGAGAAGAAGCUACGUUUGGCCAAACUCUACCUUGAGCAGCUUAGGCAGCAAGAGGAGGAGAAGGCUGAAGCUCGUGAAUUUGAAGAGGAUCAGGUGGCGGGACGCUUAAAAGAAGACGUGCUUGAGCAGAGAGGCAGGUUACAGAAGUCGGUGGCAAAGGAGAUCCAGGCCCCGGCUCCCACUGACAUUCGAGUUUUACGGGGCCACCAGCUCUCCAUCACGUGCUUGGUUAUCACCCCUGAUGACCUGGCCAUCUUCUCCGCCGCCAAAGACUGCACCAUCAUUAAGUGGAGUGUAGAGACUGGGCGGAAACUGCAUGUAAUUCCUCGAGCCAAGAAGGGUACCCAGGGGCAGCCUUCAGGCCACAGCAGCCACAUCCUCUGCAUGGCCAUCUCCUCUGAUGGCAAGUACCUUGCCUCUGGUGACAGAAGCAAACUCAUUCUAAUUUGGGAGGCCCAGAGCUGCCAGCACCUGUACACCUUCACGGGACACCGGGAUGCUGUGUCGGGACUGGCCUUCCGAAGAGGUACCCACCAGCUCUACAGCACUUCCCACGACCGCUCAGUGAAGGUGUGGAACACACCAGCUGAGAACUCCUAUGUGGAGACCCUCUUUGGGCACCAGGAUGCUGUGGCCGCAUUGGAUGCCCUGAGCCGAGAGUGCUGUGUGACAGCCGGUGGCCGGGAUGGGACUGUGCGUGUGUGGAAGAUCCCAGAGGAAUCCCAGCUUGUCUUCUAUGGCCACCAGGGCUCCAUUGACUGUAUCCAUCUGAUCAAUGAGGAGCACAUGGUGUCCGGUGCAGAUGAUGGCUCCGUGGCCUUGUGGGGCCUCUCCAAGAAACGGCUGCUUGCCCUCCAGCGGGAAGCUCACGGACUGCAUGGGGAGCCAGGCCUGGAGCAGCCCUACUGGGUGUCAUCGGUGGCAGCCCUGCUUAAUACAGACCUUGUGGCCACAGGCUCCCACAAUGCCUGUGUGCGGCUUUGGCAGUGUGGAGAGGGCUUCCGACAGCUUGACCCUCUUUGUGACAUCCCCCUGGUUGGUUUUACCAACAGCCUCAAGUUCUCCAGUUCUGGGGACUUCUUGGUGGCUGGAGUGGGCCAGGAGCACAGGCUUGGCCGGUGGUGGAGGACCAAAGAGGCUCGGAAUUCAGUCUGCAUCAUCCCUCUGCGCAGAGUCCCUGCGGCCCCUCUUGCUGGCUCCUGACACUCGUU